ACCUACCUGUAAUGUUGUUUUGAUUUUGAUUUCUUACAAAUUCAAGUGUUGAAAUUAGUUUUCAUUUCAAAAUUUACCUUGAUAACCGGUUUUCUAAGUUGAAAUAACGUUGUGCAAUAGUUCGAAUACCAUGUCUUAUUCAAUCAAAGCCUAAUUAAGGUUGAAGUGUUUCUUUUUGUAAUCGUUAUUUAGGAUUCAAGCGCCAAUCAGAAGGAAGAAAAUUAAAAGUUAUGUUAUGUUAUGUUCUGAAUAUCAAGCCCACCAGUUGAUCUUUAAAAAAAAUGAAACCCUGUAUACGAAAAAUAUUUGCGGUAAUUUUUUUGAUGCUGAAUCUUAAGGAUCUUGUCAAAGCUUACACGAUUCCCCAGGAACUGAUUCACUGCUACCGAGGUAAUUUCACGCUGCCUUCCGUUGCUUACAAUCAACAGCUACUGCUGGAGUUAAUCCGGAAGGUUGAACUUCUGAAUCCCACCAGCUUGGAUAUGCGCAUGUUGAGUGUGGAGUUGAUUCAUCGGCUUCGAAUCGAUGGCAUUGAAAAAGCACCCGGCCUACAGGAAACGGAAUAUGUGACGCCGUACAGCCCUCGGGGCGUCCAGGUUCCUAAGCACAAAUUGUUGCUACAGCUGGUGUCUAACAUUCAGGGAUCUAUCGAUUUUGGCAAUGUAUUGAGUCCUUUGGAGAUUUGUUUACUGCAUCGACUGUUGAGUAGUUCGGUGGAACCGUAUCAGAGGGGAGAUGAACGAACCAGCUGUCCUGCGCCUGUAGGGGACGAUGGGCGCAAUCCACAAGCUCCAUGGAUUACUCAGAAUAAAGUACAACGCAACCAGACAAGCAGCACCACAGUGGAUCGGCCAAUAUCGCGUUGCCCUCUGGAGCUGGGAACCUACCGAAGUCAGCAGUACGGUUCCAUCGCGCCCGGGGUAAUGAUCGCCUCAAUCGCAGCUGGUUUACAACCCCAGAACGUCCGAGUCAGCGAUUUCGUAUCGGCCUAUAAGCGCAAAAAUCCGUAUGAAAAUCUGGAAACCAUGGAACGCGCCGAUACCCGAAAUCAGCUGAACAAACUGCUUGCCUCCCUAGAAUCUAUUGAUAAUACCUAUGCCGCGGGACUUGCGGGAGAUUUGGCCGAGGUUUGCCUGUAUCAGGGACCAUAUUUGGGUAGUAACGUUCGGGUUGGGCUACGAGGGUCCUGGAAUGAUACGGUUUUUCCAAGAGUUCGAUUUUUGGCUGAUGAUCACGAAGGCCGCUGGGAGAUGACCGAUAGUGAGAUAUUGACCGGGAUCGAUGGGUUUUUCAUGGGUCAACAAAUUUCUUCUUUUGUCAACCGACUCCGAAGAAUGAGGCUUACUCAGGUUCUGGAGAUGUACUACAGUGCCCGAGGAAUCCCAAUUGUAUCGAUUGAAAACGUCAAGACUAGGAAGUUGCACAACAGUCGAUUGUCUGCCAAAGGAUCGAAGUAUUCGGAGAUGGAAGAAGACUCUUUGAAGGAUAUUUUCAACCAUGCGGCAAAACAUAAUUUCAACAAGAUUUUUGAGGAAAACAAAGAUGUAGUUACCGGAGAACAAUCCGUCCAAGAUGAGAUAAGCAAAGCUUGUUACCGGAAGCAGAUUCUUGAAUCGAUUGACAGAGAUCGAUUGAAGCAGGAAACGUUCAACUUUGUGCAGGUGUUGCAGUUCACGACCGGAAGUGUUGUGAUAGAUGAUGCUUUGAUGAAACGGAACUGUGAUGCUGCAGUUGAUCAAUUCUUCAGCUAUGCUACCAAUCUUGUAGGAACAGUGGCAGAUUGUCAAACAGUUGGUUUGUCCGAUAGUAAACCUAAUGUGGAUUUGAUUCUGGUGAUUGAUGGGUCCAGAAGUGUCUACGAAAAUCAAAGAUUUAUCUUCUAUGUGGCUGAACUUAUCGAUGUAUCGAUCUAUGGAUCUUUCAUUUCCGUUGUCAAUGGACAAACCGGAGAAUUCAUGGUAAACCGGACAAACAGUCUAGCCAAUGUUUUCGAACAGCUGAUGAGCUAUGAAGGAAAUUAUCCAUCGUCCAUAUCUCUCUCGAGAAGCUUGAACAGAAUAGCGGAACGCUUGACGGCUCAGCUGGACGAGGAACGUUCCUUUCGGAUUGUGGGAGCCAAUGCUCCGGUCAUUAUGAUCGCCUCCCAAAACGAGCGGACACCGCAGGCGGAUUUUGAAAGUGCCCGCCGUAUGUUGUUGGGAACGUACGAGCAAUUUCCGGAUCUGUAUUUUGUGUUUUUGACCAACGAUAUGGACAACUUUCGGCAUCUGAUCGACUUUACUUCUGCAGAGCCUCCGCACAGCCGAGUCCCGGUAGAAGAGCACUACAAAAUUAUUGCUGCCAGCUCGACUGAUCCGUCUUCCUUCAACACGGAACUUGCAACGGUACUGAAAGGCAUUCCACAGCGUUUGGUGGCGCCUUUUUGCCGUUCCGACUCCAAUCGGGACAUGUGGCGCAACAUCAACAUUCGCGAAGAAUAUGAACAGUACCUGAGCCCGGGUGUGGAACAUCGCUACCGUAUAAGUAGAAACUUUCUCUGGAACACUGAAGAUCUGGCUAUCCGGUUCCAGAAUAAUGGGUACGGCGAAUUUAGUGUAUGUGCCACAGCUGACUACCGAUUCGGGCAGCUCAGUUGCAGGAGAACGUCGCCGGAAGAGGAUAGCGUUUCGUUCAACUUUAGUCGGUACUGUUCCGAUAGUCCUGGAGUGAGAUGUACCUCGCUCUAUUUCCUGGUCCAGAUGGAAACAUCUUACAUGAAGUGUUCCGAGAAUGAUUGCCGGUUUCCGGAUCAGGUCCGGAUGAUGAUCAAACAUGAGGGGCUGCGGUGUCCUUUGGAUCGGAAUAAUGAUGCCCCGAAGGUGACGUUGGGGUGGUUGUUAUAUGCUGUAAUCUGUUUUGUAACAAUGACUAAAUUUUCUUUUAUUAGAAGUAAAUUUUAAUAUUGUUUCUA